AUGCGAUCUUCUCCUUGCGUUGUUCUUGCGCUCGCAGGCGUCGCAACUGCGUUCACUCCGCCUGGAUUCCAACCAGCAUCUACGAACAACCUCACAGUGGCAUUUGGCAACACAUUGGCCAUCAAUGGCGUCAAUCUCCCCAAAGCAGAAACCCAAACAGCACCCACAAUCGGAACAUCGCAGCCAUUAGUCGGAAGCUACACACUGAUGAUGGUUGAUCCCGAUAUCCCACCCCAGAUCGUAGGCGGUGCUACCAGCGAACUCCUCCAUUGGUUGCAGCCUGGUCUCGUGUCCGCAAACACUAGCACGACAAUUGGCGGCAUCAAAGUCUAUGAGUUGAUAAACCCUACGAAUGUCUCUGCGAUUGCGACGUAUCUUGGUCCUUCGCCUCCGAACAAGAGCCCUACCACACACCGCUACACGCAGCUGUUACUCAACACAACGGGGAACGGCACCGCGCUGGCGGCAUUGACCAAAUCGGGGGCGACGAGGACUAAUUUCAGCGCUGUGGAUGUAGUGAAGAACGCUGGCUUGACCGUGUUGUUUGGGAAUUACUUCAACGUCAGCGCUGAUACGAAUACUACUGUUUCGGGGUCGGGAAAUGGGACGAGUGCGAGCAGUAGGGCAACAAGCACUGGGAGUGGAGGGAAAGCGACUGGAAGUGCUAGUGCUAUUACGACGACGAGAUUGACGACUGUUCCAGGGUCGACGGCCACGGCUGCUGCGGGAGCGUCAGCCGAGGGGAACAGUACUGGGGCGGCGAAGAGUACGGCUGGUGUUGGAGUAAAAGGGACAGGGAGCGGGGCUAUUUUGGCAGGUCUAGGGGCUAUGGCUGCUGCUGUUAUUCUCCUGUAG